UCUGGUCUUCCCACACUGAUCGAAAAGCGAUGAGCUAACGAAAUUAAUCGGGAUUGACAAGUCUAGAGCAUUGGCAAGAGAUAUAAAAGCCAAUGCUAGCGAGUGCCAUUACAACACAUCCUGUGUGGCAUCUAACCAGGCACAGUAUCCACACCUGUUCCUCUGCUCAGACACAAGGCUAUCUUUCACAAUGGCGAAACGCAAACAAACACAGCUGACGGUGUUGUCGUUGUCGUUGCCGUUGUUGUUGCCGUUGCUGUUGCUGUUGAUGGCAGUUAACAGUGGAAAGGCCGUACCGACUUUACAGGCAUGCGGUUCAGGUCUACACGAAGCUCUUUUCGCAUUCUGCAAGGGCGAAUUCGCUGAAGUUAUUGCACACAAACGUGCCUCACUGGAUCCCAUUGACUAUGUGGAACAGCGGAACGAGCUGGAUAAUGUGGUUGAGAGCGUGGAAAGCCCUUGGAAACAUGAAUUGCGUUCUAUUCUGGCAACCAGACGAUUGAAUCGCGGAGUUGUCGAUGAAUGUUGCCUGAAACCCUGCCAAUAUUCCGAAAUUAAAUCCUAUUGCUUGUACUAAAAGUUGACUGAAAUCUUGAUCACAUAUUGCAAAGAUUCUAAAGAUAUACACAUUAAUCCAUUAUCUAUACAUACGCAUACUAAAAGUACGAAUAUUUUAUUAAAGCACUUCAACAAU